UACGUUUUAAACUCGAGCUGGCGGGAGCCCGCAAACAGUGGAUGGUGCGCGCUCCCGCGGUAAAAUGUAAGUGCAAGUGAACGACAAGACUGAACAUUGGACACACAUACUGAAGAUGGCGAUGAGAGCAGCGCUACGGUGCCUCUCUGCAAACUUUUCUCCCAGACUGCCUCAGCUCUCGUCGGCAGCGCAGGUUUCAGCGACUCGGCUGCUGUGGAGGAGCGACUCUCCGCGGAUACUCAGCACGACCUCGGCCCUUUCCACAGCCCUAAAGUUCACAGAUAAGCAUGAGUGGGUGCGAGUGGAAGGUGAAAUUGGCAUAGUUGGUAUCAGCAAUUAUGCCCAGGAAGCAUUAGGUGAUGUGGUAUACUGUGGACUCCCUGAAGUUGGCCAAAGACUUGAACCAUUGGAGGAGUUUGGUGCCUUGGAAAGCGUAAAGGCUGCCAGUGAGCUAUAUUCACCACUGGCAGGGGAAGUGACUGAAAUCAACACAGAGCUGGCAGACAAUCCUGGACUUGUUAAUAAAGCCUGCUAUGCAGAGGGGUGGCUAAUCAAGAUGACGAUUGAAAAGCCUGAAGAACUCGAAGGCCUCAUGGAUCAAGCUGCAUAUGAUAAAUUUAUUAAGUCACUUGAAGAAUAAAUGGAUAAGCUCACUGUGCUGUUUUUAUAAUGUAAUUGCAAUCAAAGAUUAGUAGGCAGGGUUACUAACAUCUUGUGACACUUUCUUAUCUGUGGUAUUUAUUUUGAUACUGGAAUUGUGCUAUCAAAAUAAUAAUAAAAAAUCCUCAGUAACAUCUUCCACUUAAGUUAGAAUUUGUAUAGCUACUAGCCGACCUUAAGGGCUCUUACUUUCAAGAUCUGUCAAUAUACUUGUUUAUCAUGUUUUGCUCCAUGUGCACCGAUGUCAUAAAAGACUGAAAAGUGA